AUGGAAAACAGUCUGAGCAGUCUCGUACCCGAGGACUUUCGCCUGUUGGCAGUCUCGGCUGGUGGAGGAGAAGAGUCCAUCCGCCACCCGUUGGCUCAGGAUAGCAGCGUCCCCCGGGAACGGGCGGACGACGUUCGUAACCCCGCUAGUGCCCUGAUGCCGGAUGAUAUAGCCAGCUUAGCUGCGUCCCGCCGCCUCCUCGGUGGGAACCUCCUAAAGAACGAUUAUCUAGUCGACAUCGUGUCCAAGGUCCUGAUUGCGCCUCCUAGGUCAACCUGGGACAAAUGUCUCAUAUCUGAAGACAUUCGGGAUUUCUACCUGAAGCCCCAUCAGAUUAUUGGAAAGACGAUCACGACUCUGUUUACGUUGGGAGAGACGAUCGCCCAGCAUAAGGCCAAGAACCGGGAGAACGGAGAUGCAGUGUACCUGCCCUCCGGAAUCUCAAUGCCGGCGUCGGUCCUUGACUAG